UUUGAAUCGAAUGGCUCGUACGAAGGGUAAAGGAAAGGCUGUCGAUGCUGGCACCUCACGCGUUAAAAAAACAAAAAGAGUAGUGCAAGGAUCGUCGUCUGGCCCACCCACAAAGAAACGGAAAGUGGGCGAACCAUCCGGAGUGAAGAAUGUGGAAGAUGGUUGCAAAAGCCCAAAAGGAAAGAAGCUAAAGAGAAAGGAAUUUGCAAUUCCAAACGAUGUGAAGUGUCGUCGACGAAUUAAGAACACCGAAGAUGGUCCAGAUGCCAAAAAGAAAACAGACCACCCAAAGCUCAAGACCCGUACUACAACAUCUACAUUCUUUAAAAAAUUGACAGUUUUGAACGACGCACAAAAGGAUGCGGUCCGUUCUAUUGGAUUCGGGCAUAUAUUAGAGUUCAAGGUGAACAGAGUACCAUCAAAGCUUGCUUAUUGGGUAUUGGACAGGUUCAACCAUAGGAGCUGCACAUUAGAGCUUGAUGUACUUACAAAAAUUGAGAUAGAGGAGGAUGAUGUGUACAGGGUCUACGGAUUUCCGAAAGGAAAUAAACUGAUAGAGAACUUUCAAAGGACGGCGGAAAAUGAGCUCUUUAUCGAGUGGAAGAAUUUCUUCAACGUAGCGAACAGAGACAAGAUCAAGAUAAAAGCAGUGCUACGUCGUAUGGUUGACAGUGCAGAUGGCGGGUCGUGGUUUAAGCGCCAUUUCGUCAUUGCAUUGUGUUUCUCGCUGAUGGAGAGUUGCACUAGUGGCACCGUACAUCCUUACAUAUUUAGUGCUCUGGCUAACAUCGAAGAAAUCAAGAGCUGGAAUUGGGGAGAGUAUCUGUUGAGGUGUUUGAUAGAUCAUAAGAAAUCAUGGAUGACAGACAAGACAAAAGUCUUUGGUGGGCCGAUUCUUAGUGCUUUUCUACGUGGAUAUGAUACAAAUCGGUAGGCAAUCUGUGCCUAGAGGAUUCCCUAUUUUCAUGCAGUGGACAGGGAAGACGUUGAGAGAAAGGUAGAAGAAAGAGCUGGAUGAUGAUUUCUUUGGGGGUGGUGC